UACUUGGAUAAAAAGAGAUAACUGGAAUGGGAUCCAUUUAUUUGGUUUGUGAAGUGGCAUCCAAACACACAGCCUUCAGAGUAGAGUGCAGUGGUGUGUAAUCAUAUUAUGACCUACGCUAAUGGAUUGUUUUACAGGAUCAGAACAUCGUGCAAAGAUUGGAAUCUAACUGUUAAUAGUUGUGGAUCACUUGUGAAUGAAUUUAGCCAUUAUGGAACAAAAUGGGAGGCAGAUCGUGAUGCUUGGACCCGCACAGUGUGUAUUCCUGUAGCUUUUCUGCUGAAGUCCUAGGCUAGGGAGAAUAGUGGAGAAGGGCUAAACAGACGGGGGCUGGCCCAGCCCUGCGAAGAAGAAGGGAUAUAAAAUGGCCUCUGGAUCGAUCAGCGCACUUAACGAGCGCUUGAGAAGCUCCGCUGGCAAAGGAAACUGGGAGGAAAUCGAGCAGCUACUUCGGCAUGGGGCAACCUUUGAAGCUGAUAAGUAUGGGAGAACAGCUCUGCACUAUGCUGCACACUAUGGGCAAGUCAAGACCCUCAGAGUCUGCAUUUCAAGGGGGUGUGAGCUAGACAAAGUGGACACAUAUGGCUGUACUGCGUUGCACAAAGCUAUAGCACCAGAUGGACACGUGGAGGCUGUGAGGGCGCUCAUCGACGAGGGGUGCGAUGUGGACGGCCAAGAUGGAAAUGGUAACACGUGUGUGCAUGAAGGUGCUAUGAAGGGCUUCAGUCAGUCUAUGGAUGUGCUUAUCAAGAUUGGAAAGGCCAACAUUCACACCGGCAACAAGAAUGGCGAGAGGGCUAUCCAUCUUGCAUGCCAGCAUGGUCACAAUCAGAGCACUAGAAUACUGCUAAAAGCUGGUUCUCAUCCAGAUGUAAAAAACAGUUCUGGAGAAACACCACUUCAUAUUGCAUGCCUCUAUGGCCAGAUAACAUGUGCAAGGAUUCUCAUUAGUGCAGAGUGUGAUAUCAACAUGAAAAAUAAGGACGGUAACACACCUCUGCACAUCGCAGCUGGACUUGGCAAGCUCAAGAUUGCCAGACUUCUCUUAGAGUCACUGUGUGAGGUCAAGAUACGCAACAAGAGCAAUCAGACUCCUCUGGAUGUAGCCCGACAGACCGACCAGCGUGAUGCAGCACUUCUCAUCAUUGGAGCACAUAGGAUGAAGAAAGGGAAGCUCUCGUUUUUCUCUCGGAACAAGAAGAAGGAUAGUAGCAAGCUGGAUGGCUUUGGAAAUUCAUCUCAUCAUCACCAAAGUGACAGUUCACCUAAUGAUAAACAUAAACGCAAGCACACCGAUGAUAGGAGAGGUGAUGAUGAUAUGGAUGGGGGCCAGGGUGGGGCUAGGAUCCGAGGACGGAGAGAGAUGGAAGCUGGGGACAGACAUUCUUCAGGAAGCAGUAAAGGAAAGUCAAAGAAGAAGAGAGACAAGAGUCAAGGACAGAACCUCUUUGUGAGAGAGGAGAUGAAGAAACAUUUGAAGUCGGAGAAGAAACUCCAGGAACAAAUCCAUCUUGGUCGGGAGUUGGGCAAUUGCCAACACACAGAGCAGGGGAACCCCCAUUUCAGGACUCAACUCUUCAAAGACAAGACUGGAAAGGUACUUCAUGUUCCCAUGCCGGUGCACUGCAACUGUACCCCUUACAUCAAGAAACUUGAGAACCAGGUGGAAGCGAGUAAAGAGAGACUCCUGCAUGAAAUAGAUAUAUCCAAAGCUCGCUUUGAGAGCAGAAUGAACAACAUGGAGAAGCGUAUGACCCACCAAGCUCAGUGCAUGGAUCAACUGUGCAAGGAACGAAUAGCAGCUGAGAAAGGGGACUGCAUUCAUAGGAUAGAUAAGAGAGCAAGAGAGGAGAGGAAGGCAUGGUCGGAGGAGCAUGAUGCUCGGACAGAUGUGCUGAGGAGAGAACUGAGGCACUGGUUUGAGUCGAGGAUUCAGCCUCUCCAUGAGCAGUUGAGCAGGACCAUGGAUGAUGCAGAGACUGCAUCUUCUACGAGGAGAAGUCGUCCCAGGGCGGGGUUCUACCGGUUGAAUGGUCGUGAGGUGGUCACUCAUCGAAAGAGAUCAAAAUCACUUGGGAAUGUCAGUGAUUGUGAUUUAGAGGAAGAAGACGAGGAAGAUACCGAUGAAGAGAGCGAAGAUGAAAGUGAAGAUGAGGAGGAGGAGAAAGAGCAUGCAAGGAAAAACAGCCGUGUCAAGGAGCGUCCUGUAUCCUCCAGUCAACCUAGCGAACAGUCUCCUCACCACUACAAGAAGACAGAGACAGCAAAAGCUAAGGACUAUGCCAAGUCUGGUGCCAUUCCAAAGUCAUCCAGGAGUGGCAGCUUUAGACUAGCAGUUAGCGAUGAAGAUCGUGCCAGUGGCAGCAGUAGCAAUAGUAGUACACCUCUCAGUAUGGUUGAUGGUACUUACCGACCUCCGCUCAUUACUGCUCAUGAACACUCCCCUAACACCGAUUCCCAUCACUCGCUUCCCGCCGAUUUUGUCUUUCCAUCUCAAGAAACGGACGAUACUGAAUCUUCAGAAUCCUCAGAAUCUGAAACCACAUCUCAGCAAUCGCUGGAGACGGUGUCGUACAAACCCAAAUCAAUAAGCGGUGUAUCAUCGUCCACCAGAGACUCUGGUCUUCACACCUUGAAGGGGUCCAGUGUGUCAUCAGAUCGAAGGUCGCAUGGCCCAACCAGGGCAGACUUGAUAGCCUAUCAAGCCCUUACCGUCAAUGCUAGACCACCCCCACCGUUACAUGCUCAAGUGCGUCCCCCUCAUCCAGUAAGCACUCAACCACCACCAGCAGAGUUACGCAUACAAGCAAGCUACACACCUCCGUUCAGCCCACCUGUCUCGCCAACUUCAACUGCAUCUCAACCGCGUUCAACGUCAACCCUCGCAUCAUCAGACGGACAUAGAGUUGCUACACCAAGUACAGAGCAACCUUCAAGUGACAACCCUUCUCCAACAGACUCUGGGAAAGCUCACAGCACAUCCUCUGGAAUUUCGUCUGGGGAGGCGUCAUCUCUUCAAAACUCCUCCCCGAUCAAAUAUAAUAUCAUCAGCCCCUACAGUGGACAGUCAUACCAGGGGACCUACAACCCUCGUUCCUCAUCCUCAAGCCAUCAGCCUGAUCUCUUUAAGGUCAUCAAGUCUGAGACUAUGAAAACAUCUCAUGAUGAACCACCACCUCCCUACAGGAGUAAAGAUAGUGCUUCAUCUGACAAUAGAUAUAGGGUUGCCCAACCAUACCAUCAAAAUGUAAACAAUGCAAACAAUGAUCAAUCUUUGAAUCAGAGUAGGUCAAACGAAGUUCCCCCCAAAAUUGGACAUGCCCCAACAUUGAGCAAUCAUUAUGCAAGCUCAUUACCUGGAGGUAGGACGAUUUCACGUACAGAUCAAAAGAGAAUUGGCAGUGGAAGCGACUCAAGUACUAAUGUUAAGACACAAAGCAUGGGGUACUCUGCUGCACCCUCUAGAUCAGCAGCCAGUCGGCUUGGUGUGACCCCUACUUUGGGUGCUGUUCGAGGUGUGUCCAGUAACAAUAAUACUACCUCUGGAAAGGGUCUCAAUCAGCUUCAUCUACAACCAAGAACUCAAGCUUCCCAGCAGUCCCUUCCACCAGGGUACUCAGUGGUCCAGGGAAGGAGCGGGAGCAACGGUGCUGUGUUUGCCAUCACCAGAACCAACCAGUCACAUGCCGGUAACCUCAACCGGCCAGAGAUACCAGUCAACAAAAACAACAAUGCAGCACCGAAUUCAACGUCAACAUUCGUCCACUCUGGCUCAAUAACAUCUAGCACCUCAAGAACGUUCAACAACCAUGCAACAUCAGGCAAUCAGUACAAUGUUCCUACUGGUGCCGGUACAAGAAACAAUGGUACCUUUAAUGCUCCGAAUAAUAAUUUUCAUUGUUCUGGUGGUACAAAGGACAGUACUAGCGGUAAUCGGGCUACUUCUUCCUCACACUCCAAUAGGACAAGCAGGGAAAGCUAUGCAAGUAAUGGUACUUUGAGUUCAGAUACCAGAAAUCCUGUUCGAAUAGGCGGUGCAAUCAAUGGCGCCGAUCACUCUUCCACAAACUACACCAUAGACAAACGGACUAGUGGUACCAGCAAUAGCAUCCCCGGUGUUAAUUCCAUGAGUACUAACAGAAGAAGUGGUGCAGCUUUCAUUAGUAAUGGUGCCAGUAACGGCGCAAGUCUUGUCAGUACUGUUGAAAGUUUUAAUAGGACUGCUGCUCCAGAACAGAAAUUGAAAUACACCAGGGAAAUUAUUCUUUGAGUUGGCAAGUUUGAGCAGAAUUCAUGUUAUUUAUCUAUUGUAGUGUAAUUGAUCUGUAUCAUGUAUGCAUGUAGA